AUGCGAGUGGAGCCAUUUACCACUCUAUUAAUUCAAUUACAAGUUGGAAAGUUUGAUCAUGCAGACAUAAUGUUUUUAGAUAUUCCUGCUAUUUGGAAUGAUGUUAUGGAGGACAUGAGUGACGUGAAGGAACUGGUUCUUGAGGUGUUUUACCUUCCAGAGAUAUUAUUAAUUGAGAAUUUAAUUGAUUCUGGGACUAUAGAUAUAGUUAAAAUCACUAAUCCAGUAAAGUUAUUAAUGGCUGCAGUUGAUAAGCAUGCCAAAGAUGCUAGUGUUGCAACCCCUGAACCUGUUAUUUCAGAAACUUCCUCCACCUCUAUAAAAAAGAGAAUUGUGUCUGAUGUCCAGCCAACAGGAUCUAUACACCUUGGGAAUUAUCUUGGUGCAAUAAAAAAUUGGGUAUCACUACAGGAUAAGUAUGAGACAUUAUUCUUUAUUGUGGAUCUCCAUGCGGCUUUUGUAUUUGUUCAAUCUCAUGUUCGUGCUCAUGUAGAGCUGAUGUGGCUGCUCAGUGCUACCACACCAAUCAGUUGGCUCAACGAAAUGAUUUAG